AGGCCUUGCUAUUGGCUACACACAGCCACACAUCCAGGCUGCCUUCAACAACAUCCACUAGCUUGGCUGCUGCUCCUCCUCCUUCCCAAUUCCCCAAGAUCAGAAUUGGAGGGCUUCUGGUGCAGCACCAAGCAGGCACUCUCAGCAAGGAUGCCGGGCAGCAUCCGAAUCGCAGACAUUCAGCCACCGCUCACCGUGCCACUCUUCUUGCAAGUUAAGCUGGGAAAAAAAGAGUACAGCGGGAACGUAGGACAGGAUGGCUUCUCUUUUCCAGUUACAUCACUUCGUGAUAGCAUGGUGUUGUCGCUGUACGAUGCAGACAAGGAAUUGGUAUCCAAAACAGAAGUGAAGACACGGUCGAUUGUUGAGCUAGGAAGUACGGAUGUUGUGUUUAACCUUGAUAGUGGCGGACAAAUUAUUCUCCAGUUGCAGUUCUUGCUCAGCGAUGAAGAUCGCAAGCGCAUCCAAGAAAUGAGGAACUCUGUGAUGAAAAGAAAGCAGCAAGAGCUGUUUGGGAAUGACGAUGAACUUUAUUUCCAAGACAGCACAGCACCUAAAGAGCAGCCAGAAGAGAUCUCUGACAUACCAAGCAAAGAAGACCGUCUCACGCUCCGGAAGAGCAUGUCGACGGAUGAUCUGAAAGGGAGGGCUGUUUUUUCUGAAAUAAGCAUAGGUACGAAUACGGCGGCCCCAAAGAACCCGCCGUUGCAAACUUCGACGUCUGAAGGCCCCAUUGACAUAAAGCGUCUACCGCCGAAAAGUGACAUUGGCUCUAAGAGAGGGCAGGGUGAACAACAGGAUCGCAGGUCGAGCAGCGCGGUGAAGAAGAUGAUCAGCGCCUUCGAGAGCAGCUCUCCACAGGUACCGCCUUUGGUGCCAAGGAUCAAGUCGGAAGGGUCGUUGGAAGGGAUGCUGUCAGACAAAUCUCCUACUACUGUUGCGCCACCGAAUGUUUCAGGCCACACAAGGACAGGUGGCAAAGUGACCGUCACUUCUGGUGAUAUAGGGUCCGAGCCACGGUCAGGAAGGCGCGCUACGACGAUCAUCGGCAACAAGAAAGCAAGCGCGUCUAGACAGGCCGGUGGUUUGUUGAAUGCUCAGGAGAGCAGAAGACGGAGUUCCAGCAGGCGCGACAGAGCAGCCAAGACGAGCAUGGGGGAGAGUGCAGAGAAGCAAAAGCAUCAUCGUCGCUCCGUCGCUCCAACGCAUUCGGGCACGACGUCUAGUAUCGCCUGGAGUACUGGCCACCCACACAUCUGCAUCACCACCGCGAGCAGGCAGCUGAAAGACCUAGUCGGGCUUGAGCAUCUGAACUCGAUGAAGAAUGCAGAAGCAGAACGGAGCGUGAGGGGAGAAGACACCGAGCAAGGCAUGGGCAAUGACGACGACGACGCGGUAGGCUCUACCUCUAAGCGGCGGCGACCCGACGGGUUCCCGGCGCUAAAUGGGUGGCUGAUCAACCAGGGGGUGCGCGGCGUGAUCGUCAUCAUAGCCUGCGGUGCAGUGUUCCUCAACAACAGGUGAAGGAAGGAAGGAAGGAAGGAAGAAGAGGACUUGAUGCAAGAAGUCACGAACGUUCACUAGUUGAGUAAUGAGUGAACGUAUUUCAGAGGGAGACUAUAUAGUUGGACAGCCUCUUCUUCUUCUCCCUCCUCGCACUCACAUCUGCCAGCAGCACCAUACUCAGGCUGUGUUUGGUUGAGCUUUUGGAAGCUAAAACCUAAGCAAAGGGUGAAAAGGAGAAGCUGCUAUUGUAGGAUACCUGCAACAUUCAGAUCCAAAGGAAGAGCACACAGCCUGCCUUACCUGCAA